UUAGAAAGCAACUUCAAAAUGUGAUUUCCACUAAAUUCACAUUAUUGACUUUUAUUGUGUUUCUAUUUCACAAACUUAUAUAAAAAUUAAAUACCGUAAUUACUCUAUGUUUUCGGACACUUAAAAAUAAUUAAAUUUGUGUGUGUCCGAAAACUUAGAGUAGAAAAAUAUUCACAAAAUACAGGUAUCCGAAAACUUAGAGUAGAAAAUUGAAGUGUCCAAAAAUAGCGUCAAUUGUAUCAACAACUAACGGUUUGAGGAGAACAUCAAAUAGUUUUCGGCAACAAAAAAGCCUGCACAAGGCCUGCCACAAUGUCGGGAACGGAUCCGAGACAACGAAUGGAGCCAAGACUCAUUAAAGAAAUAAGCAAAGAAAUAAGUACAGAGUUCACCAUGCUGAGAAUUUAUCUCGGCUUUACAGAGCCUCAGUUUGCAAGAUUGAAACAUGCGUAUCCCAAUAUGGAUGACCAGAUAUUUGCCCUGCUGAAUGCGUGGCACGAUGUAGUAGUCGGGUGUGGAGAGAACCCUCGCCACCUGCUGGCUGCAGCCUUACAUGCCUGCGAGAACCGCUACUUGGCCGUCUCCAAGCUUGUGACACCAAAGGAGUUGGAUGGACUUACGUGCAGGGAAAGAGAACCACAAGCAGAAACUAAAAAACGAAUUCAGCAGAUCAAUUUUUCUGUCCCUGGAGAUUCAGUAGGGGCUGGGUCUGUUAACAACUAUGGGGCACAUAAUGCAGUAAACGUGUUUUCAGGUGGUACUUUUAUCAACCAUGGUGAUCUGUCUCUUGCUAGUGACUAUUCAGGUGUGUCAAGAAGUAGUAGUGCAGAUUCAUUCCCCCUGAUUCAGAAAUACUGUCAGUUUAAGGACCCAAAUGUAGAAAUGUCAGAUCAUGAGGUGUCUAGCAAGCCAAACAUAAGACGAUUGUUGGAACAGCCGGACUCUGAGUCGCGGCAUGCACUGCACAGCAUGUUCCCCGAGGCUCCAGUGACCAACACAACACUGGAGAGCCAGCAGGAGGCCAUGCUGAGGCAGCAAGAGGAGCAGCGCUGGAAUCUACAAGGGAAAAAUGUGUCCAGAAGUAGUAGUGCAGAUUCAUUCCUCCAGAAUCAGAAAUAUGGUCAGUUAAAGAAACCAUUUGAUGAUACAAUGACACAGCGAAUGAUGGGGAUAUAUAUCCGGUGCAUGGAGUCGGUGGGACCUAUAAUGACACACUCUCGUACGUGUGGGACAGGCUUUAGAGUUGGGUCCAACUACAUUAUGACAGCCUGGCAUGUGAUAACAUCAAUUCUUGAUCCUACUCAAACAGGACAAUUAAAUGGACAAAACCUACAAGAAGCUUACAUCAGCUUUUCUGAUCCUCCAACAGCUCCCAAUGUCAUUAUAUUUACGUUCAAAUGUAUUGCAUAUUUUCACAAGGAUCUUGAUAUUGCUAUCCUGGAAAUUUCUGAUGCAAAUCAACGACUUCCAGUGAAGCUAAGUCUUCGGAAAGAAGAUAUACCUCAUCUAAAACAUCUCUCACUCAUUGGCUUUGGCCAUCCUAAAAAUCCAGGCAAGCAUUUUGAAUACAGAUGCCCAAUUGUUUACCAACAAAACCAGGCUUCAUUAACAGCAUUUGUUCAAAAACAUCGUCAAGAUAUAAUAAAUCAUCUGGAUGUGACUUUUGUUGGACAUUGGCAAAGUAAGGGUAUUGACCCAGGAGCUGUUGUUGACCGUGGUUACCAAGACGCAGAUAACAAACUUUUGAUACAUUGUUUCAUGGAACAGGGAGCUUCUGGUUCCCCUAUCUUAGCCUGUGUGGAUGCAGCUGCAGGAAUUGUAGAGGUUGUCGGAGUCCUAACUCAUUGUAUUCCAGAUUACUUUUUUUGUUUGAACAACGAAGGCAAAAAAUGGAUACUGGAAAAGGAAUUUCGGUUUGAGGCUGGAUCAAGGAUGAAAUUUAUUUUCCAAUUUUUGUGUUCUGAAAAUCCCGAUCUUGCACAAGCCAUAUUUUCUUAGAAUAACUGCUUUGAAAGAACAGAGCUAUGCUCCAUUUACAAAGGAUAUUUUGUGUACAUAAUAUCUCAUAAUUUGAUUCAUGUGUUUUGCUUUUAUGAUUCUUUAGAUGUUGAUUUAUUAGCUCACCUUUUAGCUUUUGGGAUCACCUUUUGUCCGUCGUGCGUCAUCCAUCGUCAACAUUUUGCCUUGUUAACACUCUAGAGGCUGCAUUUAUUGUCUGAUCUUCAUGAAACAUGGUCAAAAGAUUUGUCCCAAUAAUAUCUUGAUUGAGUUCGAAACUACGUCAUGUGAGGUCAAAAACUAGGUCACUAUGUCAAAUUAGAGAAAAAGCUUGUUAACACUCUAGAAGUCACAUUUAUUGUCCAAUCUUCAUGAAACUUUGUCAGAACAUUUGUCCCAAUAAUAUCUUAGCUGAGAUCGAAAAUGGUUCCGGUCCGUUGAAAAUGUGGCCGCCAGGGGGCGGGGCAGUUUUGCUUAUAUGGCUAUAGUAAAACCUUGUUAACACUCUAGAAGUCACAUUUAUAGUCCAAUCUUCAUGAAACUUGGUCAUAACAUUUGUCUCAAUAGUAGCUCGGUUGACUCUGAAAAUGGUUCCGGUCCCUUGAAAAAUAUGGCCACCAGGGGGCGGGGCAGUUUUCCUAAGAAGGCUAAAGUAAAACCUUGUCAACACUCUAGGAGUCACAUUUAUAGUCUGAUCUUCAUGAAACAUGGUCAUAACAUUUGUUCUUAUGAAAGCUCAGCUGAGUUUCAAAAUGGUUCCGGUCCGUUGAAAAACAUGGCCACCAGGGGGUAGGGAAGUAUUCCUGAUAUUGCUAUAGCAAAAUCUUGUUAACACUCUAGAAGUCACAUUUAUAGUCCAAUAUUCAUGGAACUUGGUCCGAACAUUUGUUCUUAUGAUAUCUCGGCUGAGUUUGAAAAUUGUUCCGGUCCGUUUAAAAACAUUGCCCCUAGGGGUGGGGGGGCAGUUUUCCUUAUAUGGGUAUUGUAAAACCUUGUUUACACUCUAGAAGUCACAUUUAUAGUCCAAUCUUCUUGGAACUUGUUCCAUUGUUGCUGCUACACUAGUGUUGCUUGAUGCCUUCUUAAAUAGCUAUAUGUGAUGAUUGUGUAACACUCCUUGUAAAUUGGACCCAAUUAGCUGGGCACUCCCAUCAAAGACCUUUGUCUUGAUGUCAGAUGGACACCAUUCAUAAGAUAGAUUGCAACUUGAAAUGUUUUAGGCCUACAGAUUGCAGUCAGUCCGUAGUUUGUGUUUGAUUAUCGAAGAUUUGUGAUUUUAACAGGUUUUAUCGUUGUUUCAACUGGAAAUAUCAAAGCAAGGUGAGUCUGAAAAAUGUUUCAGUUGUUUAAAAACACUAUGUCAAAAAUGUGAACAAUUUGGUAGUAAAAAACAGCAACAAUUUAUCACAUCGUUUAAGAAGCAAAAAAAAUGUUUUCUGAGUCUUCUUUGAUUUUAGGUUUUACAUUUACAAUGGCCCUUAAAUAAAUUGUGGAAAACUU